AUGGGUUGGUUAGUGGAACUUUUUGUUUCUUUGAUUUUGUUGUCUUUGAGUUUUGCAAUAACAGAUUCAGCCCCUCAAUCUGCUCUCAUCACCAAACUUCCUGGCUUCAACAACAAAUUUUCAUCUAAACACUAUGCUGGGUAUGUAGCAAUUGAUAAGGAGGGUCGUAAGAAUUUCUGGUAUUACUUUGUGGAAUCAGAGAGAAAUGCUUCAAAAGAUCCUAUUGUGCUUUGGCUUAAUGGUGGUCCAGGUUGCUCUAGUAUGGAUGGAUUUGUUUACGAGCACGGUCCUUUCAAUUUCGAACGAACGAAGACAAACAACCCUCGUUUGCACCCCAAUCGUUAUAGUUGGUCUAAGGUUUCUAACAUUAUAUACCUUGACUCCCCAGUUGGUGUGGGAUACUCUUACUCGAAGGACAAGUCUGACUAUACAACUAGUGAUACAAAAACUGCAUCUGAUUCUCACGCAUUCCUCAUAAAGUGGUUUAAGAUGUUUCCAGAGUUUCAGUCAAAUCCAUUCUUUAUCUCAGGAGAAUCAUAUGCCGGUAUCUAUGUGCCAACACUCGCUUCUAAAAUUGUCAAAGGAAAUAAGAAUGUAAUAAAGAAACAUAAAAAAAUAAAAAGAAGUAUUAAUGUGACAAAGCCAAUUAUCAACUUAAAGGGAUAUCUAGUGGGUAAUGGAGUUACAGAUCCGGUGUUUGAUGGUAACGCUCUUGUCCCCUUCGCACAUGGGAUGGCACUCAUAUCUAAUGAACUCUUUGAGGAGACUAGAACGGCAUGCAAAGGAAAGUACUCUAACGAGAAUGUAAGCGAUGGAUGCAAGGUUAAAAUUAAAAAAGUGUCAGAUGGUGUGAGCUUAUUAAACAUAUAUAACAUUCUAGAACCGUGCUACCACAAAAAAUCUAUAUCAACGUUUGACAUCGGAUCUCUUCCUCCGAGUUUUCUUAAGUUGGGCAAAACAGAAAAGUCGCUACCUGUGAGAAAGAGAAUGUUUGGACGCGCGUGGCCCUUAGGUGCCUUUGUGCGUCCAGGUAUUGUUCCUAGUUGGUCUCAACUUCUUGCCGACUCUAGUGUUCCUUGCAUUGAUGAUAGAGUUGCAACAGCCUGGCUGAAUGAUCCAGCGGUGAGGAAAGCGGUUCAUGCUAAAGAGGAAAAUGAGAUUGGAAGAUGGGAAUUGUGCUCAAGCCAAAUCACUUAUGAUCAUAAUGCUGGAAGCAUGAUUGAAUUCCAUAGAAACCUCACUCUUAGUGGCUAUCGUGCUCUAAUUUACAGCGGAGAUCAUGAUAUGUGUGUACCAUAUACUGGUUCCGAAGCAUGGACUAAGUCAAUGGGAUACAAGGUGGUUGAUAAAUGGAGGCCAUGGAUAUCAAAUGGUGAGGUCGGCGGAUUUACACAAGGAUAUGACAACAAUCUUACAUUUCUAACCAUCAAGGGUGCAGGACAUACUGUUCCAGAAUACAAACCACAAGAAGCCUUAGACUUCUAUAGCCGUUUUCUUGCAGGGAAAAAGAUGUAG